CACUUGAAGACUCCAGCUGCCUGAACAGAAGUGGCCGUGACAGUGGCUAUAGUGAUUUCUGGUGUCCUGACCGAGGAGAAUUUCUGGCUCCUCCAGGUAGACAUAAGAGGGAAGAUUCCUUUGAGAGUUUGGACUCCUUGGGCUCCAGGUCGUUGACCAGCUGCUCCUCAGAUAUCACACUGAGAGGGGGACGGGACGGUUGUGAAAGUGACACAGAUUCAGAAUUGACAUUCAGAAUGCAGGAUUAUAACAAAGAUGACAUGUCCUAUCGAAGGAUUUCGGCUAUUGAACCCAAGUCUGCUUUACCAUUCAAUCGGUUUUUACCCAACAAAAGUAGACAGGCAUCCUAUGUGCCGGCACCCUUGAGGAAGAAAAAGCCAGACAAAAAUGAGGAUAACCGAAGGAGCUGGGCAAGCCCGGUCUAUACAGAAGCAGAUGGAACAUUCUCAAGUAACCAGAGGAAAACUUGGGGCACCAAGGUGGAGAAAUGGCCAGCAAUCCGAGAGACAUCAAUCUCCUCUUGUUAUUUGGAAGAGGAAGAAGAAAGGAUCACAAGUCUACCCAACAUUGUCAAGGAUGAUCUGUAUCUGCGAAGGCUAAGUCCAGUCAUGCCAAACCCAGGGAAUUCUUUUGAUCAGUUUCUUCCUAAAUGUUGGCCCCCAGAAGAUGUGAGCUGGAAAAGAAUAAAAAGGGAGAAUUAUAAACCAUGGUAUAAAGAAUUUCAGGGAUUCAGGAGUAAGUCCAUGAGCGAUGUCAGUGCCGAGGAUGUUCAAAAUCUGCGUCAGCUGCGGUAUGAGGAGAUGCAGAAAAUAAAAUCCCAGUUAAAAGAACAAGAUCAGAAAUGGCAGGAUGACCUUGCAAAAUGGAAAAGUCGCCGGAAAAAUUAUACUUCGGAUCUGCAGAAGAAAAAGGAAGAGAGGGAAGAAAUUGAAAAGCAGGCACUUGAGAAGGCAGACAGAAGCUCCAAGACGUUUAGAGAGAUGCUACAGGACAGGGAAUCCCGAAAUCAAAAGUCUACAGUUACAUCUAGUGGGAGAUUGUAUUCUUCCGAUGAUAUAUCAAAUGAUGAAGAGCUCUCUCCUUCACUGACUCUGUCAGAAACCAGUUACCAGAGCCAGAGAGCAGAAGAGGAGGGAACAACUUUUCCUACUGAAUUUCCUAAAGAAGGCUCUACACGUUUCCUGAACAUGCAGGACAGUGUAGCUACUGAAACGGGGCUUCCUUCUAACCCCCCAGCAGAAGAACAGCGCUCAGCUUCUUUGUCUUCUCAGCAUUCACUGAGUACACGAAUGGAGGUGACUCGAGUUUCAGCUUCAGCCUCUCUCCCCAGAAGCUACCAGAAAACUGAUACAGCCAGGUUAACAUCUGUGGUCACACCGAGACCUUUUGGCACUCAGGCAAGGGGAAUCUCAUCACUCCCCAGAUCCUACACGAUGGAUGAUGGUUGGAAGUAUAAUGGGGAUGUAGAAGGAGCUAAGAAAACUCAUCACAAUUUGGCCAGCACCCCUGCCCCAAAGCCUGACACCAGCCAGCUUGUUUCCAGCAUGUCCAGUGAAAUGGAGGCAGCCGCAGGAGAAGAUGUGACGGGGAGGCUGACUUCUCCCAUGUCUCCUUUCUCAUCUCUCUCCCAAGAGGAGGCUGCUGCUCCUAAAACCACACUGUCCUCCAUGUCUGGCCCCGAUUUACUGUCUGACUCUGCUGAAGAGAGAAGCUUAUUUCAGAGAGAGGUCUCAAAGUCUCAGGAUCAGUUCAGUGAUAUGAGAAUCAACAUAAACCAGACUCCUGGGAACAGUCUUGACUUCGGGUUUACAGUAAAAUGGGAUUAUUCCGGGAUCUUCGUAGCAUCAGUUGAACCAGGUGGCCCUGCAGAGAUUUCCCAGCUGCAAGUAGAUGAUGAAAUUAUUGCUCUCAACAACACCAAGUUUUCAUACAACGAUACAAAAGAGUGGGAGGAAGCCAUGGCAAAUGCUCGGGAAACUGGAAACCUAGUGAUGGAUAUCAGACGCUAUGGAAAGUCUGGUUCACCCGAAACAAAGUGGAUUGAUACAACCUCUGGAAUUUAUAACUCGGACAAGUCUUUAAGUCUAUCCACGACAACUGAUUUCUCUGAAAGCCUUCAGAGUCCUUAUACUGAAUCAAAAGAAAUCAAUGGAAUUCACGAUGAAAGCAACACUUUUGAAUCAAAAGCAUCUGAACCUAUUUCUUUGAAAAACUUAAAAAGGCGGUCACAAUUUUUUGAACAAGGAAGCUCUGAUUCUGUGGUUCCCGAUCUUCCUGUUCCAAGCCUUAGUGCCCCAAGUCGCUGGGCAUGGGAUCAAGAGGAGGAGCGAAAGCGGCAGGAGAGAUGGCAGAAAGAGCAAGACCGCCUGCUGCAGGAAAAAUACCAACGUGAGCAGGAGAAACUGAGGGAAGAGUGGCAAAGGGCUAAACAGGAAGCCGAAAGAGAGAACUCUAAGUAUUUGGAUGAGGAGCUGAUGGUCCUGAACUCAAACAACAUUUCUCUGACCACACGACAGCCUACUCUUUCCAGCUGGGAAGCCACAUGGAGUGAAGGCUCUAAGUCCUCCGACAGGGAAGGAAGCCGAGCAGGAGAGCCGGAGAGGAGCCAUCAGGAAGAGGAAGUGGUUCAUGAGGAGCCAAGACAGAAGCUUCAGGACCAACUGAUUCUGGAGCAAGAGAGGAAACUGAAGGAGCAGCAACAGAUGCAGGAAGAGCAGGAGGAGGCCAUCGAGGCACAGAAACACCAGGCAGAGAGAGAGAGGGAGACUUCAGUCAAAAUAUACCAGUACAGGAGACCUAUUGAUUCCUAUGACAUACCGAAGAGAGAAGAAGAAUCUUCAGGUUUGCUUCCUAGUGACAGGAGUAAAUCCCGAUCAACUACUGAACUAGAUGAUUACUCUACAAACAAAAAUGGAAGCAGCAAAUAUUUAGACCAAAUUGGGAGCGUUAGCUUUUCACAGAGGAGCUCCAAGAAGGAUCCAGUCCCCUCAGGGGCAGAGCGGGAGAGACAGCAAAUCCUCCAGGAAAUGAGGAAGAGAACUUCCCUCCACGAUGACAACAGCUGGAUCCGGCAGCGCAGUGCCAGUGUGAAUAAAGAGCCGAUUUGUCUGCCUGGGAUGAUGAGAAGAGGCGAGUCUCUAGAUAACCUGGACUCCCCCAGGUCCGGUUCUUGGAGACAGUCCCCGUGGCACAGUCAGCCCGCCGGUGUCUACGCCUCCUCCUCUGUUCAGGACUUCAGUCGCCCACCGCCUCAGCUGCUGUCCACAUCAAACCGUGCCUACAUGCGGACCCCUUCGUCCAGUGUGCCCCCUCCUUCAGCUGGCCAGGUGAAGACCACCAUCACGAGCAUGGUGACCUCACGGUCCCCCAUCCCACGCAGCCAUUCCCCCUCCACUUUGCAGUCGGGGGCUCAGCUUCGCAACAGGUCAGUGAGUGGGAAGCGCACGUGCUCCUACUGUAAUAACAUUCUGGGCAAAGGAGCCGCCAUGAUCAUCGAAUCCCUGGGGCUUUGUUACCAUUUACAUUGCUUUAAGUGCGUGUCCUGCGAGUGUGAUCUCGGAGGCUCAUCGUCAGGAGCCGAAGUCAGAAUCAGAAACCACCAAUUGUACUGCAACGACUGCUAUCUCAGAUUCAAAUCCGGACGGCCAACUGCCAUGUGACGUAAGCCUCCAUUCGAAAGCACUGUUGCAGAUAGAAGAAGAGGUGGUUGCUGCUGAUUUAGAUCUAUAAAUAUGUGUUGUAUGUCCUUUUUCUCCCUCUUUUUUUUUUAAAAAAACAAACAACUUUUUUUUUUGGGCCUCAUUAGAUUAUAUAGGAACACCGUAGUCUUGGUAGAUUCUGGAUUUUUGAUGCUUAUUUAUAAGAAGGUGAUUAUAUGUGUGUGGAGAAAAGUGCAGUAUUUACUUUUUAAAUUCAGCACCCUAAAAAGCACAAGGGAAAAAGAAUAAGAGCUGAAAAAUAAACGUGUUUUUUUUUUUUCCGAGGCUGAUAGUGAUCUAGUUUGACUGGAGUGGUGUUUUGAAGAGGGUAUUUUAUUGUUUCAUUUUUUUUUUAAAGGUUCUUGAACAUUUUCUGAAAUAGUUAAUUUAAAGAUGGAAUGGCACUUGCUCUGUUUAUUGUAAUGUGUACUAAAUGUGGAACUACUUGGAAAUGUCAUUGAAAUCCACUCCUAAAUUUGCUUUUUGUAUUCUUUAUGCCUGUGUAAUAUGAUAGGAAAAUAAUUGAGUUUCUGAGACAUUUAAUUUACUCAAUGGGGAGAGCUCUUUUUUUUUUCAUACCAGAAUUGUGGCUAGCAAAUCUGAAAAUAAAGCUGCUUAUUUUCAAUAAUGAAAAAAAUUGUGGUUUGUACACCAGAAGUAUCUUCAGAAACUAGUGAGCUUUUUGUCCAGCUGCAUUGUAAAUAAACUUACUGAAGCAUUUAA